AUGCCACGAGCCAGGAGAAAUAAGGAGCCGACUCCCCCAGCCGCAGAGGACGUCGGUGAGAAGGAGCAUGAGGAACAGCAGGAUGAAGAGAUGGAGGCAGACGGAGACGAGAUGCUGGAGUUCAACGAGCCUUUGACAUGGCGCCCCGGAAAGCCGAUUCAAGUUGGAGUCCUGCUACGGCGGCUGGAAACAUUGUGCAAGGAACUCCAGUCCAUGGAUCAGGAGACUGUGAACAGAGAGUCGGUCACACCCAAAGCGCAAGAGCUGGCGAGCAAGCUACUGUUGGAACACAAGGAUAGCGGCAUCAAGGCGUGGACAAUGCUCUGUAUUGUGGAGGUGUUCAGACUGCUGGCUCCAGACGCCCCAUAUAAGCCUGGUCAGCUGAAGGAUAUCUUCACGCUCUUCGUGUCGAUCAUAGUCCCAGCGCUGGCAAAUCCGAGCGACCCUUACAAUGGACAGCACUUGAAGGCAUUGGAAUCUCUUGCCUCAUACAAAAGUAUUCUGCUGAUCUCGGACAUCCCUUCGUCGGACCGGCUGACGAGCGACCUCUUCACCCAUUGCUUCGAUGUCUUAGCAGGUGGACGCGGAAAGGGCGAGGAACAGCUUUCGAAGAAUGUCAGCUUCAACAUGACGGGACUGCUUACAGCACUUGUGGAUGAGGGAAGUGGUCUGGCCCCGGGCGUGAUCGAUGUUAUCCUCGCUCAAUUCCUCAGAGUCGACCCCAGCAUUUUCUCCCAGGGCAAAAAGGGUGAACCACUUGAAUCGCAAGUUGUGCGCGAAGUGUCUCCGGCGUACAACAUGGCAAAGUCGAUCUGCAACGUCUGCGAGGACAAGAUGGUGCGUCAUAUUGGGCAGUACUUCAACUCGGUCCUCAUCGAUGCCAAUGAGAUCGUUUCCACGGCCAAGCCUCACGCGCGCAAAUCGCAUGGCAAGAAGCGCACUCGCGAUGAGAGCGAUGAUGAGUCUGAUGUCGGCCUCCCUACUCCACCCUCUGAAACGGAUCUGGAAGAAGUCUCGAAAGCGCACAAAUUACUACGAGAGCUCUGGAGAUCGUGCCCCGAAGUCAUUCGCAACGUCAUCCCACAACUUGAAGCUGAGCUCGGGGUAGAGUAUUUGCAGUUGCGAACUCUAGCCGUCGAGACUAUUGGUGACAUGAUUGCCGGUGUUGGCGCUGCGGGCCCACCGCCAUCGGUCCCUCUCGACCCUGCAGCGUAUCCUUCUCAAAGCCUGGAGGAAACACCAAGUCCGGCUCCAAAUAACAUCUUGCUCGCUCCUGCGGCGCCGCACGCGUUCUCAUCCGCGUAUCCGACCACGUAUCAUGCGUUUCUCGUCCGGAACCGGGACAAGUUCGCUCAGGUCCGGGGUGCUUGGGCAACCGCAGCUGGGCGCAUUCUCUUGACUUCUGGCGGCGGCAAAGGUCUCGAUGCUGAACAAGAGACUAGCAUUCAGAGAAGCAUCGCAGACCUGUUGAUCGACGCCGACGACAAAGUUCGUCUGGCAGCUGUGCAGGCUAUCGCACGUUUCGAUUUCCACUCCGUCAUCAAGAAACUGGGCAACUUUGGCGGCGUCACAUCUGCAGAUUCAAUUCUCUAUAACAUUGCUACGCGCAUCAAAGACCCCAAAGUACCUGUACGAACCGCGGCCGUUGAACUCCUUGCAAAGCUCUGGGGUGUCGCAGCUGGCGCUAUUGCUGAGGGCAGGGAGCUGGUACGCGAGCUUCUGGGUGCAAUCCCGACCAAACUCUUGGAGGCAGUCUACAUCAAUGAUAGAGGCAUAAACUCUCUGGUGAUGCGGGCGCUUUACGAGUCUCUAUUACCAGUGGGUUAUCCGCCUAUCAAAGCGAGAGGCCCAGCAAAUGGCGACUCCCAGCGCGUGGCCGAUAGCCAAGGUCCAGAGCUUGCUGCUCAAGAUCCCGAUGCGAUUCGAGUGGAACGGUUACUCAUUUUGGUGCGAGACCUCGAGGAAAAAGCAAAGACUGUUUUCUUGAGCUGGGAAGCUCGGCAAGUAAUGCUCGCCAAAUACGUGGAAAAGAUUCUGAGCUCGAGUGAGCAACUUCAGGCCAACCCAGACGACACAAAAGCUCAACACGGGUUGAUGACUUUGGUCACAGCUAUUGCAAAAGACUUUCCAGACACCACUGUCGCAUCAGCUCACCUCAUGCACUUCGCGAAGCACCACGACCGGCGGAACUUCGCCCUUGUACGCUUCUGCAUAAACCCAGAAAACGAGUACAAGAAAGUUGUGAAUGCUCUAAAAGAAUUGACGAAACGACUGGAGCAAGCGCCUCACCAUAUAGCAAGCUGUCUCGAGACGGUGGGCCUAUUCUUGCGCAUGUCCUCUUACCUCAUAUACAAUCGCAGCCAUGUCUCUAGUAUCAUGGCUAUUUCAAGAUCAGAUGAGAAAGGACUUGCUACGGCUGCACACGAUGUUCUGAAGAAGAUGUCGACCGAUACUCCACAAAUAUUCAAGGUGCACAUCCGCGAACUGUGUGACAGCUUGAAGCAGCAAGCGCCGUCUGCUACCACACCAAACGAUGCAAAUGCCGUGGAUUCGCUCAAGGCAUGCGCUGGCUUUGCGCGUCGUUUCCCUGAGGAGCUCCUGCAAGACCGGGCUUUCUACCAGGCCAUGGAAAAAUUUGCAAACCACGGAACACCACCACGCGCGGCAAAGCAUGCAGUGACCGUCAUUGUAUCUGCUGCAGACAAGAAAGAGAUGUAUAUCAAGAAUUUGCUCAAGUCUUGCACCAAAGGCUUCAAAGCCGGCCAAAAAGACUCGCUCGCAAAGUUGGCAACGAUGGCUCAGCUCUGUCUUCUUGCGAGCGACCAUAUCGAGGAUCAGAAUGAUGCCAUCACGGAAAUUGCUACAGGCGUGAUAAGCGCGAAGCCGUCGUCCACUGACGACAUGGACAUUGACUUUAAAACUGACGAUGACAACGAGCUGCAAGGAAACGUAUGGGCACUGAAGCUGCUGGUAAAUACCGUGAGAGGCCGCGCGGCGAGCCUUCCGCCAGAUGAGGAGCUGCCUGAGUCAAUCAAGAAACUGGCAGGUAGAGUGUUCAGAUUGCUCAACACCCUUGUCGAUCACGAAGGCGAGCUCUCGAAAUCUGACAAGACAACAUCGGAAGUGCAACGUGCCGGACUGCGAACAGCUGCAGCAAAGCUAAUACUGAAACUGUGUCGUACGAAAGCGGUGGUCAGGGUGUUUCCACCAAGAGAUUUCAAUCGACUUAUCCGCAUCGCGCAAGAUCCAUUGCCCGAAGUUCGGUCAGGCUUCAUCAGCACCCUCAAGAAGUACCUCACCGCGCAAUCUAACACCUUGCCACGGCGCUUCUACGGGUUGGCUUUCUUGUACGCGUUUGAACCAGACAAGGAGACGAAGCAGAGCACCGUGACAUUCCUGAAAGCUCGAGCUGCUCAGUACGUCAAGACUGGUGAUCCAAUUCUGCAGAGUGUCUUUGCGUACCUACUGAGCCUUCUCGCCCACCAUCAGGACUUCGGCCCAAGUGCUGAAGAUCUGGAGGAUUUCGUUGACUACAUCAUCUUCUAUCUGAAGAUCGUGGCGUCGGAAAAGAAUCUGCCAGAGAUCUACAGCAUUGCUCAACGAAUCAAGACCGUACAGGACGGCAUCGAUCCCGCUAAGAGCGAGAAUCUAUACAUCCUAUCCGAUCUGUCCGAGGCUAUCAUCAGGCAAUUUGCGGACAUACAGGGCUGGUCAUUGCAGAUUCUUCCAGGCAGAGCGAAACUGCCAAGUGGCGGCCUCUUUACAGCUAUGCCUAGUCAUACCGCUCUGCAGGAAGUUUCUGAGAAGCGCUUCCUGCCAGAAGACUUUGCUGAGGGCCUAGAAGAUCUUGUGAAGGAGCGAAUGAGAUCGAAGAAGCGCAAAGCCGCUGAUGGAGCUUCUAACCGGGCCACCAAGAAGGCGAGAACGUCUGGAGCGCGGACGCCCAAAGUUGAGAAGGUUCGCAAGCCUGCGAAACUGCCCAAGGCUGCGAAGGCAGGCAAGACUCCGAAGAGGAGGGCGGACGAUGCUGUGCCGUCGUCCGAGAGGCGCAAGAGCGCACGCGCUUCGACCUCGAAGAGCUAUGUCGAGAUGGACGAUAGUGAAGAUGACAACGAGUUCGAGAAGUGGCAGGAGGAUGUCGCAGAGGAUAUCGCAGAGGACACCGCCGAGGACGAAGAAGCCAAUAAGGAGAACGUGGGCUCUUCGACGCCGCUGGCAACCCAUGAAAACGUAGAAUCAUCCACGCCGCCAUCUAGCGACCCAGUACCUGCACCUGCUUCUGUGAACAAGGACAAGCAGAAGAAAGAGAGUGUGCCUGCGCCGAAGAAGGGUGGGCAGAAGAAGGCUUCUACCGCAACUUCUCGGAAGGCUGCAACAACAACUAAGAAGCCAGCUACACGAGCCGGCCGCUCCCGGGCCGCCAAGAAAGACAAAGAUGCGUUUGACGUCCCGAGCGACACCGACGAGGAGCUGUCCGACGCCCCGGAAGAGGUGGAGACUUGA